AAAGCUCAAACCACUUUCUUGCUCUUUUUGUCUUCCUCUAUCCAAUGGCUCUUUCUGUGCUCCUUUCUUCAUCACCUCUUCUUACAAGUAAAGCGGAUGAAAAGUAUGCGAAUGUAAAAUGGGACGAGCUCGGAUUCGCACUGGUUCCAACAGAUUAUAUGUAUGUGGCGAAAUGCAAACAAGGAGAGAGCUUUUCAAAAGGAGAGAUUGUUCCUUAUGGGGAUUUUUUAAUAAGCCCUUGUGCUGGGAUUCUCAAUUAUGGCCAGGGAUUAUUUGAAGGUCUCAAGGCUUAUAGGACAGAAGACGGACGGAUCACACUCUUCCGGCCUGACCAAAACGCUCUUCGUAUGCAAACAGGUGCGGAUAGGACUUGUAUGACACCUCCUUCUCUGGACCAAUUCGUCGAAGCAGUUAAGCAAACUGUGCUUGCCAACAACAAAUGGGUUCCUCCUCCGGGUAAAGGAGCUUUGUAUAUUAGGCCUCUACUCAUAGGUACUGGUGCUGUCCUUGGAGUAGCUUCAGCACCUGAAUAUACGUUCCUCAUUUACACAUCUCCAGUUGGAAAUUACCACAAGGCAAGUUCAGGCUUGAACCUCAUAGUUGAUCAUAAGCAUCGCCGAGCCCACUCUGGUGGAACAGGGGGUGUGAAAAGCUGCACAAACUAUUCUCCAGUUGUGAAAUCGGUGAUGGAAGCAAGGUCAUCUGGUUUCUCUGAUGUCUUGUUCCUGGAUGCGGCAACUGGUAAAAACAUCGAAGAGGUUUCUACUUGUAACAUCUUCAUUCUAAAGGGAAACAUUGUAUCCACUCCACCAACUUCAGGAACCAUUUUACCAGGAAUCACAAGGAAGAGCAUAAGUGAGCUAGCUCGUGAUAUUGGCUACCAGGUUCAAGAACGCGAUGUUUCUGUGGAUGAGCUAUUAGAGGCAGAAGAAGUUUUCUGCACUGGGACCGCAAUGGUCGUCAAAGCUGUUGAAACCGUGACCAUCCAUGACAAAAAGAUAAAAUACAAGACAGGGGAAAAGGCAUUGUCUACGAAGCUUCACUUGAUAUUAACUAAUAUUCAAAUGGGAGUUGUCGAAGAUAAGAAGGGUUGGAUGGUAGUUGUUGAAUAAUUCGUUUCCUGAUGAAAUAGAAGAACAAUCAAGAAAAAGGAAUUCA